GUCCCACCUCUACACAGGUGAUCAAUAAAAGACGGGUUCUGGUCCCACAGACAUUCUGACUCACACAGUGGACUCAAGCAGACCAGAACCUUAACGGACCCAGACCCAGACCCAGACCAAGAACCAGACCCAGUUGCUGCAGCAUGUGGAAGGACUCCAGCACCGACUGCUCCAGGCCCGUGGUGUCCGGCACCGGCUCGGCCCGCAGCGCCAGCCGCAGGAAGAGGACCAGCUUCUCCAAAGAACACGUGGAACUCCUGCGGGUCACCUUCGAGACGGACCCGUACCCGGGUAUCAGCCUCAGAGAGAGUCUGUCCCAAACCACCGGACUGCCCGAGUCACGCAUCCAGGUCUGGUUUCAGAACCGAAGAGCUCGGACCCUGAAGUGUAAAGGAGCUAAAAAGGUUCUGUGGCAGUCUGACAGCCCAGACCAUGAUGCCUUCCCUGCCCGUCCAGCUGGAACCAACAGGGGACCCCUGACGGUCCCCCUGAGGCCCCUCAGACCCCCWCCAGCCUACCCAGCUCAAGUGAAGCAGGAGACGGAGGACGACAGCUAUGGACUCUGUCCUCCUGCCUACCCCGCCUCUGAGGACCACAGACCCUGUCCUCCAGCCUUCCCUGAGGACCAGUUUGGCUCCAUGUAUGAUCUCCGACAGGUGGAUAGCUCCACCGCCCCCCACUUGAGGGUCUUCUGGACCCAGCCAGGCAGCCAGAACCCCCCUCUUUGGUGCAGUCCACCCCUGGAGAUGAGCUCAGGCUCCAACCAGGUCUUCAUGUACCUGGAACCAACAGAGCAGCAGAUCUACCCAAACUCCUCCAGCUCCCUGACCUCCAGCCCCAACACGCCGGACUCUGGGUACUGGGAGGUCAACGCAGAGAGCACUGCCUCUGCUGAGGGUCCACACCCCCAGCUGGAGGACUCGUGGAGUGGAGAGACCCCUGAAGACUGCAGGGACUUGGUCCAGCUGGCACCCCUACCUGUGCUGUCCCUUCAGGAGAUCCUGGGGGAGCUGGAUGAGGACUGGCUGGGAGGAAAAACUGCUGAGGACAGAAAGACUUUCUGUUGAUGAAGAUGAUGUUGAUGAAGAAGAUGAUGAAGAUGAUGUUGAUGAAGAUGGUGAAGAUGAUGAAGAUGAUGAU